AUGUUAGACGGACAACAGUGUAUAAUACACUUUCCCCCAGCUAUUGAGACACAGACGUAUAUGUUAGACGGACAACAGUCUAUAAUACACUUUCCCCCAGCUAACGAGACACAGACGUAUAUGUUAGACGGACAACAGUGUAUAAUACACUUCCCCCCAGCUAUUGAGACACAGACGUAUAUGUUAGACGGACAACAGUGUAUAAUACACUUUCCCCCAGCUAUCGAGACACAGACGUAUAUGUUAGACGGACAACAGUGUAUAAUACACUUCCCCCCAGUUAUUGAGACACAUACGUAUAUGUUAGACGGACAACAGUGUAUAAUACACUUCCCCCCAGUUAUCGAGACACAGACGUAUAUGUUAGACGGACAACAGUGUAUAAUACACUUCCCCCCAGCUAUUGAGACACAGACGUAUAUGUUAGACGGACAACAGUGUAUAAUACACUUUCCCCCAGUUAUUGAGACACAGACGUAUAUGUUAGACGGACAACAGUGUAUAAUACACUUCCCCCCAGCUAUUGAGACACAUACGUAUAUGUUAGACGGACAACAGUGUAUAAUACACUUCCCCCCAGUUAUCGAGACACAUACGUAUAUGUUAGACGGACAACAGUGUAUAAUACACUUCCCCCCAGCUAUUGAGACACAGACGUAUAUGUUAGACGGACAACAGUGUAUAAUACACUUUCCCCCAGUUAUCGAGACACAGACGUAUAUGUUAGACGGACAACAGUGUAUAAUACACUUCCCCCCAGUUAUCGAGACACAGACGUAUAUGUUAGACGGACAACAGUGUAUAAUACACUUCCCCCCAGUUAUCGAGACACAGACGUAUAUGUUAGACGGACAACAGUGUAUAAUACACUUCCCCCCAGCUAUUGAGACACAGACGUAUAUGUUAGACGGACAACAGUGUAUAAUACACUUUCCCCCAGUUAUCGAGACACAGACGUAUAUGUUAGACGGACAACAGUGUAUAAUACACUUCCCCCCAGUUAUCGAGACACAGACGUAUAUGUUAGACGGACAACAGUGUAUAAUACACUUCCCCCCAGUUAUCGAGACACAGACGUAUAUGUUUGUUGUAAAUGUGUGUUUUGGUCAUUUCCAAGUAAAAGAAUAUUGUUAUCUAUUAUAA